AUGGCUUCCCCGCCCACACGACCCACGAGCUCCGAGCUCACACCUCUGAUGCUUCAGGCAGCCAAGGAUCUAGUAUUCAAAUGUGGCCUACAACCGAAUGGUCUUGAGCCUGCACAGCUUGACUUGAUUUUUCUCGAUGACCAUAAAAGCAAAAACUUCGUCUUUAGCUAUGCCCUCAGGAGACAACUUGGUUCCGUUGACUUCUGGGCACUCAUUGCAGAGCUUAAUGACGAACGCACUGGCAUGUCGUACCUCUCAAGCUAUUAUAGCAUCACAAAUAACCAUAGCCCAGGCAACAAACGCGCACAGUUAGCAUUGUCAGCCACUGGGAGCCCGCCUGCUGUUCCCCAUGCAAGUGCAUAUCCUUCCGACCACACAGCCGACCGUCGCAUACUGCAAACACAUGGUGACACUAUCACCACUCCAAACUCAGACGAUUUAGAUCAAGCGUCUCCAAACCAAAAACUUUCUCAAAGCGUCGUUGCAGGCAGACAGAGAGAAGCCGAUCAACCCUGUUCGGACACACCCGGCGAGCCUGAGCCCAAACGCCAAAAGCAAACCAGCUCUACCACAGCCAACAAAACAAAAACCUAUACGCCUCGAGAGUGCCCCGGCUCAUAUUCACGAGUCAUCAGAUUUCUUCCACUACAAACACCUUUCCAGGAGCUUCCAGUCAACCCCCAUCUUCCUUCCAGUCAAGUUAUGGCAACCAGUCCCAGCCCGGACCUCACUACGUCAAGUGCGACACACCCAACGAUAACUCGAAUGUUAAAUGUGACAGUCACCUCAACAUCCUUAGGGGGGGUUUUACUCGAUAACGAUACUUCUCACGGAUACUUGCAUGAUACCUCAUUAGUUCAGGCAACUCCCUUGCAUGACGCGUCGAAUGGUACCACACAGGCCUGGAGCGGAGCAACACCCGCUCCCCCCGGUUUCAAUGCUAACUACGGCACCAACAUCAAUAUUUCUGAAGGGGUCUACACGAAUUAUAAUAACGUUCCUGAAUUCGGUCUGGAUGGUAGCACCUUCGGUGCUGUACAUGCACACGCUGAGUGGAACAUAGGGCCAAACUCUUAG